GCGCGCGGCCCACCGACGUGCACCCGGCUAAGGGUCGGCGCUGAUUGGCAAGACUUUACUCAAUAAUAACUUUUUUAUUAAGUGUUAUAAAAAAAAUGAUUCUGGACUUUUCGACUCAAUUUUUGAUCCUUGUUUAUACAUCGAGAAGUUUGCGCAGAAACUUGAAUUCGGCGAUAAAACUGAUGCCGUAGGUAGAACAGCCACCAGAAUACUUCAGAGAAUGAACAAGGACAGUAUUCAUAUUGGUCGUAGACCAUCCGGUCUAUGUGGUGCAGCUUUACUGAUUGCUUCCCGGUUGCAUGAAUUUAACAGAUCACCUACCGACAUUAUAAAAAUUGUUAAGGUACAUGAAUCUACCCUACGUAAGAGGUUAAUGGAGUUUGGCGACACACCAUCUAGUGCUUUGACUUUAGAUGAAUUUGAAACAGUGGAUUUAGAAGAGGAAGAUCCUCCAGCAUUUAAAGCAGCACGUAAGAAGGAUAGAGAACGUUUACAAAGGUUAGAAAACAUAGACGUGGAAAUAAGCGAACUGCAAGCAGAAAUUGAUAAACAAUUGGAAGAUUAUAGAAUAGGGAAAGCAAGGAAACGGAAGAAUGUAUCUUCUAUAGAGAACGAAGAUGCAGAUAGAUUUAUUCAGGAGAGUAAUUUGAACAUAAUCCAACAAUAUGUUGAGAAUCAUAUCGAUGAUCCUGAUGAAAACUUUCGAGAUGAUGUAAUAGAUGAGAGUAAUAGUAAUAGUUUACUUAUUAAAAAGUUAGGUCCGGAUAUAGCGUCGAUGAUAUUAACGAACAAUCGUCCAAAUGAACCAAAAGAAAAAGAUAAUAAUUUAGAAAAUUCUUCUGAAGAAAUUUAUACGAAUGACAUUGAUGACGAGGAAUUAGAUAGUUACAUUCUCUCGGAAAAAGAAUCGCAAUCUAAAUCUGCUCUUUGGAACAAAGUAAAUGCUGAUUAUCUUGUUCAGCAAAAGGAAAAAGAAGAAAAGCGUUUAAAGGAGAAGGAAGAAGGUAAAAAUGAAAAGAAAAGAAGAAAGACAGUUUCCAGGAAAAACAAAACGCCUGCAAAUACUGCUGGCGAAGCAAUUGAAAAAAUGCUGCAAGAAAAAAAAAUAUCCUCCAAGAUAAAUUAUGAAGUGUUAAAAAGUAUAAAUAAUCAACAACAAAGCAAUCAAGAGUUACUUGCAACAAACAUGUCAGAAUUAGACGAUGCAACUGUCAAUAACCCAGUAACAAGCAAUUCUACACUGAAGACUGCAGAGGUUCCACUAUCGAAAAAAUAUCGCUCUAUUAAACCCAAUACUGAGCAAUUAAAGAGAGCAUAUAAAACAACAAAAAAAGAGGAUGAAGAAUCUAUGAAAAAAGAAAUUAAUUCGGAAGAUGUAAUUACAGCAGAUAUGUCCGAAAAUGUUUAUGAUAAUGAUGAUUAUUUUGAUGAAGAAGAACCUGACCCCACGGAAAUAUCACUUGGACAAAUACUUGAAUCUCAUGCGACAUCUGAAGAUGAAUUUUGUGAUCAUAGCUAUGAGUAUGAAUAGAAAUCUAAAUAUUUGUAUACUAUAUAUCUUAAAUUUACUUAUUUAACUAGUCAAAAAAUACCCUUUUCUUAAUAUCCUAUUAAUACUUUUUUCUGUGCUGCUUUCCCACUAUAUUACAUUAACCACUUGACUAUCCAAGACAUCUUGGAUAAAAUAAAUGUAUCAUUAUAUGUAUAAUCAAAACGACAUCUUUAUUUCAUGCAUGUACUAUUAGAAUAAAAUGCAUGUACUAUAAAAAUUAAAGAAAAGUGU